GGCGGCUCUCGGCAGCGCGGCGGCGGCGAAGAUGGUGGCGGCUCCGUGCGCCCGGCGGCUGGCGAGGCGCUCCCGCUCGGCGCUGGUGGCGGCGCUCACCGUGCUGCUGCUGCAGACCCUCCUCGUCUGGAAUUUCACCUCCCUCGACGCCGGCGAGGAGCAGCGCGGCGCCUCCGGCCGCGAGAAGCGGGACCGCGGCGGCACCGCCGCCGGCAGCGAGCACCGCGCGCAGCCGCACCGCCGCGGGGCCGGCGCCGUGCACGGGAAGGCGAUGGAUGGCUAUUUUUCCCACCGACCGAAAGAGAAAACGCGAACAGACAGCAAUAAUGAAAAUUCAGUCCCCAAGGACUUUGAAAAUAUUGAUAACAGUAACUUUGCUCCCAGGACUCAGAGGCAAAAACACCAGUCUGAGCUGGUGAAAAAGCCUCUUAGCAAGCAAAAGGAGCAUUUGAGAAAGAAGCUGGAAGAGGAGAAGGUGAAGGAGAACUCGCUGCUGGGGAAGAGCUCCAAUGAGGUGGUGCAGUUGGGUGAUAAGCCCGGAAAGAACAGCAGCGACAGCAACCUGAAGGACAUGCACACGUCUCCCAGACAGCAGCCUCUGAAAAAAACUGGAAGCAGCUCUCCUGAGCUGAGGUACGACCAGCCGCCCAAGUGCGAGGUAACGGGCAAAGAGGCAAUCUCAGCCAUGUCCCGGGCAAAGUCUAAGCAGUGUCGCCAGGAGAUCGCGGACGCGUACUGUCAGCACAAGCACGGGAAGCUGAUGCCAGAGAAGGUGACACGUUUCUGUACGCUGGAGGGAAAAGCCAACAACAAUGUACAGUGGGAUGAGGACUCCGUAGAGUACAUGCCAGCCAAUCCAGUCAGGAUCGCAUUUGUCUUGGUUGUUCAUGGCAGAGCUUCUCGGCAGCUCCAGCGCAUGUUUAAGGCUAUUUACCAUAAAGACCAUUUUUAUUACAUUCAUGUUGACAAGCGAUCCAAUUACUUACACCGGCAAGUGCUCCAGUUUGCUAACCAGUACCCAAAUGUGAGAGUCACUUCUUGGAGAAUGGCAACUAUCUGGGGAGGAGCAAGUCUUCUGUCCACCUACCUGCAGAGCAUGAGGGACUUAAUGGAGAUGAAUGACUGGCCAUGGGAUUUCUUCAUUAACCUCAGCGCCGCCGACUACCCAAUCAGAACGAACGACCAGCUCGUAGCAUUCCUGUCCAGAUACCGCGAUAUGAACUUCUUGAAGUCACACGGGAGGGACAACGCAAGAUUCAUUAGGAAACAGGGACUGGACCGGCUCUUCCUGGAGUGCGACACGCACAUGUGGCGCCUGGGGGACAGGAAGAUCCCCGAGGGCAUCGCCGUCGAUGGAGGGUCGGACUGGUUUCUCCUCAACAGGAAGUUUGUGGAGUAUGUCACUUUUUCCAACGAUGACCUCGUAACAAAGAUGAAGAGGUUUUAUUCUUACACGUUGCUGCCUGCUGAGUCUUUCUUUCACACUGUUCUGGAAAACAGCCUGUACUGUGACUCCAUGGUGGACAACAAUCUGCGCAUCACAAACUGGAACCGUAAACUUGGUUGCAAGUGUCAGUACAAGCACAUUGUUGACUGGUGUGGCUGUUCGCCCAAUGACUUCAAACCAGCAGACUUCCACAGAUUCCAGCAGACUGCCAGGCCAACUUUCUUUGCCCGCAAAUUUGAAGCUGUGGUGAACCAGGAGAUAAUCGGCCAGCUGGACUAUUACCUGUACGGCAACUACCCGCCCGGCACGCCUGGCCUCCGCUCCUACUGGGAGAACGUGUACGACGAGCCCGAUGGCGUGCACACCCUCAGCGACGUCGCGCUCACCAUGUACCACGCGUUCAUCCGCCUGGGCCUGCGCAGAGCAGAGACCUCGUUUCACUCCGCUGGGGACAACAGCUGCCGAUACUAUCCCAUGGGCCACCCGGUUUCUGUCCACCUUUACUUCCUUGCUGACCGUUUCCAAGGUUUCCUCAUCAGACACCACGCCACCAACCUGGCUGUUAGUAAACUAGAGACUUUGGAAACAUGGGUGAUGCCGAAGAAAGUCUUCAAGAUUGCAAGUCCACCCAGUGAUUUUGGAAGAUUGCAGUUCUCAGAGAUUGGCACGGAGUGGGACGCCAAGGAAAGGCUUUUCCGGAAUUUCGGAGGACUGCUCGGGCCGACAGACGAGCCAGUUGGCAUGCAGAAAUGGGGAAAAGGCCCCAACGUCACCGUUACUGUCAUCUGGGUGGAUCCAGUCAACGUAAUAGCAGCGACGUACGAUAUUCUCAUUGAAUCCAGCGCAGAAUUCACUCACUACAAACCGCCCCUGAAUUUGCCCCUGAGACCUGGUGUCUGGACAAUAAAAAUUCUGCACCACUGGGUCCAGGUAGCUGAAACCAAAUUCCUCGUUACACCUCUCACCUUCUCAAAUCGGCAGCCUAUCAAGCAAGAGGAAGCCAUGAAGUAUCACAGCGGGCCUCCAAAGAACGCAUACAUGGAGCAGAGCUUCCAGGGCUUGAACCCCGUCUUAAACAUCCCCGUCAGCGCCGCCCGCCUGGACCAGGCCAAGAGGAACGCGGCGCUGGUGGGCGCCCGGCUGGACGCCUGGGUGGACUCGCUGGUUGGCAGCGUCUGGUCGGCCGUGGACAUCUGCAGCACCGGCCCCACUGCCUGCCCCGUCAUGCAGGCCUGCACCCAGACUGCCUGGAGCUCCCUGAGCCCCGACCCCAAGUCCGAGCUGGGCCCCGUCAAACCCGACGGUCGCCUGAGGUAGCAGCCGGUACGCCCUCCUUUGGCAUAGGGUUUUAAAAGGGAAUUGAAUCUUGCUCGUACGUGAAUCUCACACCAGGUUUCACCUAAGGGAACAUUAUACUUUUUUUUGUUACAUAUCGCAAUGUAAUUAUUUCUUAAAAAAUAAUUCCGACAAGGCCUUUGGCACUGCUCUCUCCAUCAGCUCCAUCAGAGUGGCUUGGUUCGGCCCAGCCGUGUGGGCCUUGAAGCAACAGCGGCAUUGAGCCAUGGAGAGGGCAGUGAGGGAACAGCUGCUAAAAGUGAUGUUUUUUAAAAAUAAGUUUGUCUGUACCUCUGCUGUUUCAUAGGCUUUAAUUAUUUUGCUACCAUAAAUAAAUCACAGCAAAAUUCCCUUCUAUUUAUGCUUCCUGGGGAGGUUGGUUACUGCAGGCUGUAUCCCAUAUGGCUGCAUUACCUUACAGAACGUGAAAUAGUUAUGGUACACCCUCAUUAUUAUUUUUUGUACGUAACAUAAAGUAGUUCUGGACACAGCUAACGUCUGUUGUCAUCCUAGUUAGGGAAUGUGAGCUGAAGCAACAGCCUUCAGAGAUAAACUCUAAAUGGAACUGGUGUUUUGCAGUAUCAGCUUUUCAUUUCUCAUGUAGUCAGGUUCAGGGUCUGGCUACUUCAAGUAUUAUUUUAAAAGACCAAGAAGCAGUUUGGAUUUCCGAUCUUCAGAAUGUGCAGGGUCUUUCUAAGCUCACCAGCACUCAGUAUUUUGCAGACUUCCUGCACAGAAGUGUGUGUAUCACUGGGCAUAGAUUGAGCUCAUGUUUGCUGUUUUUUCUCAGGCAGUGGAGUUGCUCAGUACAACAGUGGCAUUUGGCCUUUCCAGUUUAGAGUUGGAGAUUAUUUUUAUCAGUGAGAGCGAGAUUGGGACCAAAAUCUGCAGCAACACAUUUCUUCCCAAACUUGAGUAGUAACAAAUAAGUCUUAACACUAAUUUCCUCCUUUGGUCUCAGAUCUGCUAGCUCUGUGUGAAGAAGGGUAUUUAAAAUUCGUCAGGGCACCUGGAAGGCUGAGCAGGGUUCCUGACCAAAGCUGGACACGAAGGAGAGCAACACCGUCUCAGUGCUCUUGCUUUAUUCUCUCAGCAAACUCUACCCUCGCCUCUCUUUAGAGUUUCUAGCACGCUGCUUCCUGUUUGAAAUAGGCAUCUGUUGCAUCAUUUUAAGCUGCAUUUUCUACAGCAGGAAAAAAUUUCACUUUCUUACAUUCCAAGAACUUUUUAAAAUAAAAGUUUUAUGUAGAUUCAUCUCCAACUGAUGCAUUUUGCAUUUGCAUAAAACAUGCACUUUGUUGUUGUUGCUGUGGUAAUCUCUUGACCCAAGAAGGUUAUUAAGCACUACUGGGUUAAUGAGGAACAAAAUCUUGUUGAUUUAAACAGCGAGGUAUCUGUUUACCCUUCUGUGUGUAUGUCUAGCUUUCAUUCCUGCUGAUGAGAGUUACGCUUCCACACCAGGAGGGAAACAGACCCUUAAAUCAUUCCGUAAUCACAUCUCACAGAAAGGUUGAAUUCCCUUUUAAACAAUGCUUGCAAGAUGUCCAUGACACAGAGAUCCCAGCGGCUCGUUCUGUCUCUCUCCGUAGCAUUGGUUUAAAGCUACUUGCAGUUUGCUUUGGACUUGAAAUUGCGGUGUCAGCUGUGCUGGCAUGAAGGCAGAGCAUUGAAAUGUUUAUCUGGCACGAAAAUGAAUGCAUAGAAGGAAAAAUUUAGGUAUUUAUUAUUUAUGUUUUAGUCAAUGACUAAUUAGUAGGUGCUGCUUUUGCAGCUUGAAUAUUACGUUAUCUUACUAACUGAAGCUGCCUUUAUUAAGAAAAGGCCUUCCUCCCUUCACACCUCCCUUUUCUUUUUUCUUCCUCAUUCUGACAGUCACGAGAGCUCUAGGUUUAGGGAAGCUUGUAGCAAUGAGAGCUGGUUGAAGUACUUCAGUCAAAAUAAUGUUCCUGCUUUUCAACUGGCUCUAGAGGCAAAUCUGUUUAAAACCAGGGUUGCCAACAGGUUUAUAUAAUAGAAAUACGGUAUUAUUACUUACUCAGUAUGUUUUUGUUUGUUUUUUUUUAGCAGUGCUGGUUUUCAAUCUAACAUUCCAUCAUGAAGUUCAGAUCUUCUGGGGGCCUCCAGUCCUCACUGUGAAAUCCAUCCAGGGCUUCAGUCACACUGACGCGUUGGCAACUGCACAGUCAGAGCCCUGUGGAUAAAUGGAGAACUUCAUAGUUAGGGCACACAAUAAACAAUCCCAUCAGUGAUUGUUGUCAGUACGACUGCUGGGGUCCUCACAGACUCCUCGGUCUGUCUUGCACAUUGGCAUGUGUGUGAGGGUGCGCCCACACACACAUGCAGAUAACUUGAUUUUUAAAUUUGAUACUUUUUUAUUCUUAAACAGGAAUGUUUUUAAUUACUUUGUUGGGAAAUUCUCAUUGUUAACAAGAUGAAGCAGAAGGUGACAACAACCCAGGUUUCUGUGGCUAGAAGAUCUGCCAGUCCUAUCAUUAAAAAUGUAAGGCACAGAUUAGUUUGGUUUAGUUCAAAAAGGGAAAAGAACUCAAGUGGUUGCUGAUAUAUGUACUCACAUUCUAUACUGGGUUUCAAAUAUAUAUAUAUUUAAUAUUAGUUUGUUUUCUGAAAGACAAAAAGCAUCUACUUGAAGUUUAGUAGCUGGCACUCCCAGUGCUGCUGUUACAACAUCAGCUUAAAACAAGAGGUCCUGCAGUCCUUCCUCAGGCAAAGCUUUCACAGGGCACUGAUCCUGAGUAAGGACUCCAGAGUCAAGUUCACAUAAAUAAAAAAGGGUGAGACAGUAUGCUAUCAAUAAGUAUUGUAUGUGUUUAUUUGAAACCAUCCAAGGCUGAGCUGCUGUAUUUGGAACAUCUUCUGGGGUGAGUGUCAAGCUUUGGAUGUACACAACAGCCUCUGCUGUAGCUGUCAGUAUGUAGACACAGACCGAGGUCCUGUAGAGACACGUCUGAGUUGGGAAGUGCUGUAACUGUGCAGUAAAACCCAUGGAUGCAAGACUCCUUCCAUCAGGAAUCAGAACUUGCUCCAACUAGUGGCUAUGGUAGCGCUGCUGAGUGGCUUUUCUGGUCCUGAAAUGGCAGGCACUUGGAGUCUGGGGUGAAUAUCAUAUAUUGUUAGAAGAGAAUAACUUCACAGAUCUUACAUUUGGUGAAAAGGAGAAUUCAGAGCAGGGACCCACAGGUCAUAUAAAACAAGUUAUGCAUCCCCACCUGAAUGUGCUGGUGUCAUUUUCCAAUCAUGCUGGCUGCUCCUUUGCUGAAUGAGACUCCAGCUGAAAGCCGGCUUUGAUCAGAAUCCCCUUCCAUGGCAAAGGGGUGGGUUUCCAUAUGCACGCGUUUGCCCUCUGUGUGUAAUGCUUUGCUCAUUUAAAGUCUGUGCCCGCUCUGCACAAUAGCCAUGGAACACUUCUGUGAUCAAUCAGAAUUACACAGAAAGGAAACGUGGCCAAACGCAGAACAUCUACAUACAUGAUUUAAUGAAUUACAUCCAAAGUCUGUCUUAGUGAUACGCCAUCCUGUUUAUAUGCUAAUGUUAAACCCUGAGGCAAAUAGAAACUGCUCAAAUGACAGUUUAUUUUUAGAGGUGUCCAGUUCUCUUUGAUAACAUUUGGACAUGAAGUGGUCGUAUUUAUAUUUUCAUUUUCUGAUAUUCAAAGGCUUUUUAGAGUUGAAAUUAUGCCUUCAUUUUUUGUGCUCUCAGCAAGCAGGGAAUUUUAACAACCCCUCCAUGAUGGGAAGUAUUAUACAAGGAAGUCCAUCCAUAUCUCUGAUGCUCAGUCUUCGUUACCACUGAGCCUAGAGAUGGAGGAGUAUGCAUUGUGAGUUACAGAUUGACUUCCUGAGCUAUCAGCUUUAAUGCACAAUGCAUGUAUAGUUGUUUAACAACAACUUAACAGUGAUCCUGCAGCACCUUCAGAAGGACCAACUAAUGUAUAUUCACCUUCUGUCCGUCUCCUACAGCACUAAUCACAAUAUUAAAGAAGUCUCGGUCUCUCAUAUUGUAAUGACCAGAGUAAUUAGUCAGAGCUGGCGUAUUCUAAACCUGACUGAAGGGAGAGGCAAAGAGUAAAGAAGGUGCUGAAACUUUGCAAAAGUUUGACACGAUUGUGCAGCAACAACACUGAAGAAACUGGGCACCUUCUUUUCUGCACAGCAAGCCUGAGAAAUGCUGAUACCAUGAGAUCUUAGUUUUGACUUCCCAGAUAAAACAAAAUCCAGAUUUUAAUUGUGGUCAGACAGCGAGGACCAACUUUUCUUGAUUUUCAUAGUUCUCUUCUUUCAUCACAGCUGUCAGAGAGCUGCCAAGCUUGCUGCUGGCUAUCACACCCUCCUCAUUUUCCCAGCUCCCAGGGCUUCGGGAGUUGGCCAGAUGGAACCUUGGCCAACUCCACUGCUUUCCAUUGGGCAGGAAGUUUUGUACUUGUGUGAGCCAAAUCCCUUAGGCUUCAUCAAAACCCCUAGUUGUAAAUCAGAAAAGUUUGCUUUUUGGAGCAGCCUUCAGUCAGCUCAAUACUAAUAUACAUGAAUAUGUAUGAUCUGGUAGAAAGCAGUUAGCAAUGUCUCCCACUGUCCUUAGCUUCAGUCUGGCAGUGAGAAGAUAAUGAUCUCCAUGUGCUUUCAGUUCAUCUAUUCAAGGCCUCCAGGAUAGUCUUAAGGAUUCUCAAGACAUUGCAUUAAACCCAUGUUCAAUGGCAACUGAAAGCACUGGCUGAUGUCCAUGAGCAGAGUAGGAGCCAGCUGGCACUGGAGGGGGUGGGACACUGCCCUCUGGGGCCCAGCAGCAGUUCCUGGGACAGGAGGCCCAGCCACACAGGGCGGUCACUGCUGCUGGCACAGAGGAGCAAAACCAAUGUGGAAGAGGGAAGCCAGGAUGGUGUGGACAACAUGUGGCAUACAGAGCCACAGCAAGUGUGGGAAGGACUGUGCAGGGAGAUACCUUUCUUCCUGUAGACUAUUGAAGAGCUCCCUUCGAAGGUGCAGCAUAGAAGAGGCUGCUUUUGAAAGCCUUCACCAUCACCAUAAGGAAAAGAGGAAAAUCAAGCUGAGAGCACUGAAAAUUGAGGCAACAACAUCUUACAGCCCAUGUCACCCAGGACCACAGCAGCAUUAGGUUUCCUGCAGUUGAGCAAUUAACCCUCACAAUGUGAGGCUGCAGGUACUGUGCUGAUUUUCCUCCUUCAUACUACCAGUAGCACACAGAUCACUCUGCUCUUUGCUUCUGCCUUGGUUACCUUCUUUUGCUCAUGGUGCUAUCACAGCUUCUACCUCACUGUGUCUGCAAACACGUUUACCUGAUAACAACAAAAAAAGGUACCAGAAAUCUCCUUGAACUGAAUGUACAAUCUAUGCAAAUUCUCUUUCUACUUUGUUAAAACCUAGAAGUAUUACUUGUAACCUUGCCAAAUAAACAGCAAGAUACUGUACAGGUGCCUCUGAUAACAGAGUGACAAUUCUAGGCGCGGUUCAUUGCGCUGCAUUUGUAUAUUGUAAUGACUUUGCUUGUCUUUGGUUCUGUUGUAAUUAACACCCUCAACUGAGAAGAUGGUAAUCUCUUGCUAGGGGAGCACCUUCAGUUUGCUGGGAAUAUUCUGGAGGAUGACUGUGGCAUUUAUUUUCCUGCUUACGUCCAAAAGAAAGCACAGACCUGUUGGCCAGAAUUGGAGCAGUGGUUCAGAUUUUCCUGGGGUAAAGCCUCCCGGCUUUGAAUUGCUCAGUGUCUGUUCCCAUUGUGGCGUUCAGCAUGUGUUGCCCCUCAAAGAAAGCCUUACUUUCAUCCUUUCUAAAUGUGGCCUUAAACCGUGUUAGAAAGUUAGGUGUUGUCUGUGUCUUGCUCACUUUUUUCUGUUUGUUGUGGAAGGAAUAAAAGGCACCUUGAGAUUUCUAUUACAGCUCAGUUGUGUUGCUGUCAGCUUACACUUCACAAAUACAAUAGAAAUUGCUUACAAAUGCAGUCUUUAAGGGAAGAAAAUGACCUUCCCUUUGGGCAAAGGAAGGCUCCGACGUUCAUAUCAACAUUAGGAAAUUAUGAGCUCUGUCUUUUGCAACUUAUUGUACAUAAGGAAGGUUGAUUUAAUUACCUACGAAGUGCAAACAUAAUAGCUUUUUAUUUAUCUUCAGAUUGUAACAGGACAGACUCUGCUCUCAGAUACAUGAGACAAAUACUGGAGCAAUGUCACUCAUUUUGGCAGAACACAGCAGCAUUCAUGUCAGAUUUGUACUCGUAACUGGGAGAAGAUGUAUCCUCUUAAUGGUAUGGUCUUAAAAUCUGAAGAACUUCACCACUUGGGGCCAGAUUUUGAGUGAUGGUUCGGAAUCUUAACAGUAGGAAUAGAAGACAGAGAAGUCUGGCACAUCAUCAGAGUCACAAAUCUGGCCUCUGGAGCUUUAUCCAAAGGUUGUCAAAGUCUGCAGAAGCCAAGAACUUCUGCUAAGGCUUGGGUAUGUUGGGUUUCAUUAAUACUUUUCUCCAAGGAGAACUCUCAUGUUUCAGUAGCACCAAUAUUCCCGGCAGGCUGCAGUGCUUUUAGGAAUCCCAUAUCCUACCCUGUUUCAGUAUUCUGAUGCAUAUACAACCCAAAGGCAACUGAGAAGGGUUUACAUAGCAAGCAAGGUUUGUGAAACAAAAAUAAUUGAUUUGAGUUAAUGAAAUGAUUUUUCUGACUUUGUUAUUUUGGUUUUGUUUGGGGUUGAUUGGAUUUUUGUAUUGCCUAACAUAGUCCAUAAUAAGUUAUUCCUAUUCUGUCAUUUUCAAAGACUGGUGGUAAUAUAGUUUUAAGAAAUAACUAUUUUGUUACAGAUCAUAAUAUGCAUAAAGCUGUACAGAAAUAUUUUGUAAGCUAUUGAAUAGGGAGAAAAAAAACAUGUAUAUACAGCAAAGAUUAAAAAAAAUGGAAAUUCAAAUGGAACACACUGAAAGAUGUAGAUAUUUUGCUAUUUAUUUAAAGGAGUAUUUUAUGAGAUAUUGAAAUGUCUUAAAAUUGACUGGUAAUCAAAGUUCAAAGUCAGAAUGCUUUUCUUGUAGUAGAAUGUGAUUUUCAGCAAUUAUUGCACUACCCGUUUUUGCACCCUCUUGUCUUUCAUUUAGCAGAAAACAAUGUGCCUUAGCUGUAUUCUUUGUCAAUGGGAGUUUGGUUUUUUUGUCCAAUAAAGCAAAUUUUUUUGCAGAAAA